CACCAUUAAAUUACACUUUGUGAAAAAUGCAAACAAACACUGAACACGUAUAAUAUACAAAUAAAUACAAUUUAAAGCUGGACGAUGCCAUCAAUUAUUGCAGAGAUUGAAGUUGCAGAACAGGAAAUUCAGUUGUGUGAGAAGAAAUUAGACAGGAUAGAGACACGACUGAGGGUCUCGGAACUAACAGAUGAUGAGAUUAAAAUGCUGCAACUAGAAGAAAGAACAUUAAAGAAAAAAGUUCAAAGCAAGAGAGACUCAUUGAGUACCCUCCGGAAAGAAAAUGGCAAGACUACAUUUCUGUCUUUUGUGAUGCUGGGAAUUAUUUGUCUUAUAUAUUAUGUGUUCUGGACGCCUUAGAGUUAAUAUAAUUUUAACAAUAUGAUAUUUAUACAUGCACAUUACACAUUAUUUCAUAGAUGAAUAAACCAUCUGCAUUUUA